AUGGAGAGCCCGUGGUCAUCGCUAGGAUCGCAAGGAUCUUCUUCAAUCUUUGAAGCACCAUGGGAGGAAGAAUUCUCCAGUCCUCUCGAGCUGUGCUCAUCAUUUUUACGAUUUAUUUUGGACUAUACAUACGAUGAGUUAUCGAGUGCGUCGCUGGACGUCGCAAUUCUCCGCGAGAUUCUGAGCUUCAUUCAAACCAGCUUGCUUCGGAAUGAGAACAUCAACACCGUUUUGACUUCUAUGAACGGCGAUCCAGCCGUGGAUCACUCGAUUCUGCGAACGUACUUUCAAGUAUGUGCCCUGACCAACCACCGAUGCACGACAGGGACCAGUGAGCUCCUUGCGAGUGCGCAACGAGGCCAAGCAAGGCUGUUUGCGCUAUUCAACGGCCAAGGGGUAGAGAGCUACUUUGACGAGCUCGUGGAGACCCAUACCAUUUAUGAGGAACACCUUGCAUCUCUCAUGUCUUUGAUGUCUGAAACGCUCGUUCGCCUGGCUGCGGAUGAUCAGUUCAAGGAGAUCUUCCUGCAUGGUCUUGAUGUCCAAGCCUGGCUCGCCGCCCCGGAUACUCGUCCUCCUAUCGACUACCUCACCACAGCGGCCGUCAGUCUGCCGCUCAUUGCUGUGUCUCAGUUGGUGCAAUAUGCUGUUGCAUGUAUUAAUCUGGGUGUUACACCCGGGGAGAUGCGACAAUAUUUGUACGGCGCCAGCGGUCAUUCUCAGGGAGUCGUCGUAGCCGCCUUCCUUGCGGCUGUCACAACAUGGGACAGCUUCUACACGGCCGCCCGACAGGUCAUUGAGGUGCUCUUUUGGAUCGGGACCCGUUGUCAACAGACCACAAGCACUAUGUGUCCGAAUUCCGGCCUCGAGAGAUCCCCCUCGUCGUACAUGCUCAGCAUCAAGGGAAUUCCGCAGACUACGCUGCAGAGACAGAUUGAUCAGAUUAAUGCACAACUCCCCGCACAGCAGGCUGUGCAUCUCGCUCUAGUUAACGGACCACAACAGUUUGUCGUCGCCGGGCUGCAACCAUCCUUGCAGGCACUAGAAAGGAUCCUUCAGCUUGGAAAGAAUGGCUCAUCAUCGGCCAACACUAACUCGUCUCGGAUCCCUUUUCGCCAACGCGCUCCUAUUAUAAGCACCCGCUUUCUACCAAUUGGCGCGCCCUUCCACUCUCCAUACUUGCAGAAGACGGAGGAUUUACUUCUCCAAGACCUGGCGCCCUUCACUCUUCGUGGAGCUGACUUAGCCUUCCCCGUCUAUCACACAGAAACAGCUGAGAAUCUCCAGAGCAGUGAGAACAUCAUUCCCCAGCUGAUACAGAUGAUCUGCACUGGCCGGGUUGAGUGGGAGAUGUUACAGCAGAAGGUCCUGCCGGGUUUCACUCAUCUUUUGGAUUUUGGACCUGGGGGAGACGCUGGAAUCGGCAGUCUUGUCAGCCAGCAUCGAGAGGGCACAGGCCUGCGAACUAUGAUUGUCUCCGCUCAUCGAGGCACCAAUACAAAUUUGGACUAUGCAGGUGACUUCUAUGCCCGGUAUGCUGCGGUCCGAUACAGCCCUACCUGGUUCACAGAAUACGCCCCAUCCCUCAUUCUGUCACCCAGCACCGAUCCUCAAAUGCUAGUCGACACCAAGUUCACUCGCGUCAUCGGCCUUCCUCCGGUCAUGGUGGCCGGGAUGACCCCAACCACAACGUCGCCCGAUUUCGUAGCAGCCAUACUCAAUGCUGGAUACCACGCCGAGAUAGCCUGUGGCGGCUUCCCCGACGCUGGCAAGAUGCGUGAGGGUCUCAAGUCUCUUGCUGCAGCAAUCACUCCUGGUCGAGGAAUUACCUGCAAUGUGAUCUACGCGAACCCACGCGCCAUGGCGUGGCAAAUCCCCUUGCUAGCGGAGUUGCGGCGAUCGGGAGUUCCGAUCACAGGAUUGACAAUCGGGGCCGGGGUACCGUCUCCUGAGACUGUGCAAAGCUACAUUGACGAGCUGGAGUUGGAGCACCUUUCUCUGAAGCCGGGAUCCAAGGGAGCGAUCGACGCAGUGCUGGAAAUUGCACGUCUUCGUCCUAACUUCCCAAUCAUCCUUCAGUGGACUGGCGGUCGCGGCGGAGGUCAUCAUUCUUACGAGGAUUUUCAUGAGCCCAUCCUCGACCGGUAUGCGCAGAUUCGGGCCUGCUCCAACGUAAUUCUGGUAGCAGGCAGCGGCUUCGGCGACGGAGAGGGGUCUUACCCUUAUUUGAGCGGCACGUGGUCGGAGACCUUGUUUGGCCGGCCUCGAAUGCCGUUUGAUGCCAUUCUGCUGGGAAGUAGGGUGAUGACCGCGAAGGAAGCGCGUACCAGUCUUGCUGUUAAACAAGCCCUUUGCGACAUCCCUGGCGUUGGGGACGCGGACUGGGAAGGCACCUAUAAGAAGCCUACGGGGGGUAUCCUGACCGUCCGCUCCGAGAUGGGAGAGCCAAUCCACAAGGUGGCCACCCGGGGUGUGAAGCUCUGGGCAGAAUUGGACCGGGAUAUCUUCAGCCUCCCUCGUGGGAAGCAGAAAGACGCGCUGCUGGCUCGCAAGGACUAUUACAUCCGCAGGUUGAAUGAAGAUUUUCAAAAAGUGUGGUUCGGCCGGGAUGUUGCCGGAGCCGUGGUCGACCUACAAGAAAUGACUUAUGCGGAGGUCUGGCAGCGAAUGGUGGAGUUGCUGUAUCUGCCACAUCUCCAGGCGUGGAUUGACACUUCUUUCCGGACCUUGGUCUGGGACUGGACUCGACGCAUGGAAGAGAGACUUGGUUCCGGCGCAGCAGCGAAUGAGAAAACUACCCGAGCUGUUCUCCGAGAUCCAUCACAACUCAACCAUCCUCAUGAGUUCCAGGAGGAGCUCUUCGCCAAAUAUCCACAAGCCAAGAAGGAAGUUAUCACUGCAGCCGAUGCUGACUACGUGGUUUUACUUUCUCGUCGCCGCGGACAGAAGCCUGUGCCCUACAUUGUGGCCUUGGACGAGGAUAUGGAGUACUGGUUCAAGAAGGAUUCUCUGUGGCAAUCAGAGCGCCUCGAAGCUGUUUUCGGACAGGAUGUUGGGCGCAUUUGUAUUCUUCAUGGACCCGUGGCCGCGCAGUAUACCUGCACACCUAAUGAGCCAGUCCGCGGUAUACUUGAAAGCCUUCAUAACUAUUACAUAGAGCCGAUCCUGAAAGAGCGAUACACUGGUGACCUUUCUAAGGUUCCACUUGCGAGGAAAACAGAGGAUCUCGACUCCCUACCCCUGGUUUGCGAUGGUUUUGUUCUUGAGCAAGGGGUGAACGCCGUCACCUAUCGAGCCACGGAUAUAGAUCGCCAGCCUUCAUGUGAACAGUGGCUGAAAGCCCUCACUCAAUCAACCCUCGCCCCUUGGUGCCGUGCCAUUUUCACAGAGCCGAUGAUUGUUCAAAAUGGGAAGCGGAUCAACAACCCCCUUCGUCGACUGUUUGCCGCAACGGGCAGAGGACGAGUCGUCAAAGUGCGGAAUCCCCAAUCGACGAGUAUGCCGGAGAUCUUCAUCAGGGAGGUAGAGUAUCAAAGAACGACAGGAGGCAAAGUACGGCCACAUUUGAUCGCAAGUGCCGCUCUACGAAGAGCUUCUUCCGCGCCCACCAGCGACAUUUUGAUGACUCUGAGGGAUGCCGCAUCUGAGCCCUUGGAGUUACGGUUUCAGUACAAGCCACAACCUGGUGUUCCCAGCAUUACUGAAGUAAGAGCCAACCGGGAUUCACGGAUUCAACAAUACUAUCAGCAUAUCUGGGUCGGAAAAACUCCAUCUUUGACGACGUUGGUCUCUCCUUUAGAUCAUGUCUUUCGCGGCGAGGCAGUGGUCCUGACACGAGAGAUAAUCCGACAGUUCGCCCAGAGUAUUUGCAAUCAUAACUCCAAGUACACGUCAGAGACUUCGGAAAUUCCUCUCUAUGCACCUCUGGAUCUGGCUAUAGCGGUUGGAUGGAGACCGCUCAUGAGUUGCCUCUUUCAUCCGCUUAUGUCUGGAGAUUUUCUUCGGCUUCUGCACCUUAAGAACUCUUUCGAGUACUGUGAUGGAGCUGAACCAUUGAAAGAAGGAGACUGUCUCUCUUCAGAGGGCCGACUAACAUCGAUUAAAAUCAAGCAAGGAACAGGAAAGGUUGUUGAUGCAGAGGGAACCCUCUGCCGGAAUAACAAGCCUGCAAUCCGAAUCAAGAGCACCUUCAUCCUACUGGGCGAAUACCAGGACUACGAAAACACGUUUGCGGAGGAAGACGAGAGGUUUAACCUCAAUAUUUCUUCGCAAAAGGAUAUCGCUCUGUUGAAGUCCCGAGCUUGGCUCUCUCUGAAUCCAGGUAUCGACCUGCUGGACUAUCUCCACAAGUCCAUCCAGUUUGAAGUCCGGAGCCGCUACUCUUUCCUUGACUCGGACAAAUACGCAAAUGUCUCCGUGGAGGGACAGUUCGUCUAUCGGUCGGUGACCGGAGACUCCCAAGUUCUAGGAAAUAUUAACCUCCCGGGUGACAACUACAUCAAGAACCCAGUGACGGACUAUCUGCGCAGACACGGUAGUCAACUCGACAACGAUUCCCAGGCACUCGCGCAGCCGCAAACUCUGCUUGAUGACAUUGAAAUUACGAUUCCGGACUAUGCAACCAAAUACGGGCAAGCUUCGGGCGACUGCAAUCCUAUUCAUCUCUCAGAGUUGUUUGCGAGCUACGCCGGACACGAGAAUCGAGUAACCCACGGAAUGUUCACCAGUGGAUAUGUUCGAGCGCUGGUCGAAGCGCAUGUCGCGCAAAGCGAUCCCUCGCGAAUGCGCUCCUGGUCCUGCAGUUUCGACGGCAAGGUUUCACCGGGAGAUAAGCUCGGCAUCAAGGUCGAUCAGGUAGGCUUGUCGCGCGGCAACCUCUUGAUUUCCAUCCAGGUCCACAAUACGUCUUCGGGUGUCAAGGUUCUUUCUGCUCAAGCCACAGUCGAGCAGCCUCCAGUGGCAUAUGUUUUCACCGGCCAAGGCAGCCAGCAGCCGGGAAUGGGCAUGGAGCUUGAGAAGCAGAGUGCGAGUGCUCGGAUGGUGUGGCAAACCGCAGACGAGUAUUUCAGUAAAACAUACGGAUUUUCCAUAUCCCAAAUUGUACGAGAUAACCCGAAGACCCUGACCGUGUAUUUCGGUGGUGUCAAGGGCCGUGCCGUUCGCGCGAAAUACACCUCUCUCAAGUUCGACACUGUCGGAGAUGACGGGACGGUGAUUUCCAAGCGCGUCUUCCCUGAUAUCACCUCAUCCUCUCGGUCGUACACGUUCCGCUCCACCAAUGGCCUCCUGCAUCAGACACAGUUCACGCAGCCUGCUCUGGCUUUGAUGGAGAUGGCACGGUUCGAAGACAUGCGGGCCAAGGGUGUCGUGAGAGAAGACAGUCUAUUCGCCGGUCAUUCGCUGGGCGAGUACGUGGCGCUGGCUGCAAUGGGCAGGAUCUUUUCCAUCGAGGAAGUGUCGGCUCUUGUCUUCUACCGGGGCCUGACGAUGCAGAAUGCAGUCAAACGAGACGCUGAGGGUGUCACCGAUUACUCCAUGUGUGCCGUCAACCCGAUGCGUGUCUCGCCAAGGUUCAGCGAGAAGGACCUACACUGGUGUGUCGCGGAGAUUGCUCGCAGCAGGGGUCCAGGAGGACUGCUUGAGAUUGUCAACUACAAUGUUGCGAAUAUGCAGUAUGUCUGCGCAGGUGAUCUUCGUGCACUAGCCGCCCUGUCAGAGUUGCUGGAUGCUAUCGCAUCUGGCGUCUUGAGUCUCACCGGUGUUGAGGAAGUGAAGGACUUUAUCCAGAAGACCCUCACACGAUCAGAAGCCUCAGUCACAGCAACAAAGAAGCGGAUAGUUUUGCAACGCGGGCGAGCAACGAUACCGCUCAAUGUCAACGUGCCUUUCCACAGUAGUCUGCUCCGCCCUGGAGUGGAGUCCUUUCGCUACCUACUUCACAAGCAUAUAUCUGAGCCCAUGGUCGAUCCAGAUCGACUGAUUGGGAAAUACAUCCCUAAUCUGGUCGCCAAGCCAUUUGAGCUCUCCAGGGAGUAUAUUCAGGGUAUCAUGCAGUUGACUAAAAGUCCGGUCUUGGGGGAUGUGCUUCAAAAGUGGCCACUAUUAUGAG